CCGGAAAAAAGAGCCGAGAGACAGAAGCGAAGGUGGGGACAAGGGGAGGGGGAGAGAGAGGCACCGAGAGUUUGGCAGCGAGAGAAGGAAAUCCCCCGAGAGCGGGGGACCCGCCGGGCCGCAGAGGCGAUGCCCACCCCGAUGUAACCCGCCCCGCCCAAGCCCCGGCCCCUGCGUGGCGGGCCGCGAAAGUUCUCUGCGGGUGCUGGCGCUGGGGCAUCGGCCCCGCAACGACUGCCCGGGCUGAGGGUAGAGAAGGAGAGCAGAGGACGCCCCAGACCCGAAGGCUGUUAUUUUCGUUAGAAAAAAGAAAGGGAAGAAGAAAGGCAAGGGGAAGAAGAGAGGCCUUGUAGGGUGAUGUGAGCAGAGCCCAGGAAUGCCUUAUGUGGAUCGGCAGAACCGAAUCUGUGGGUUUCUGGACAUCGAGGAGAAUGAGAACAGCGGCAAGUUUCUGCGAAGGUACUUUAUUCUGGACACCCAGGCCAACUGCCUUCUCUGGUACAUGGACAACCCCCAGGGCCUUGGCCUGGUAGCCACUCCUGCUCUUCCAGUCUGGGGCACCUCCCUAGCAGAGAAUGUGACCUGGUUCUCUGAGCCGGACAGCUGUUGGACUUCUUUGGUCUCCAGAAUCAGAGAGUCACAGAAUCCCGGGUUGGAGAACCUGGCAGUUGGGGCAGGAGCCGUUGGAUCUUUGCAGCUGACCUACAUCUCGAAGGUGAGCGUAGCUACCCCGAAGCAGAAACCAAAAACUCCAUUUUGCUUUGUCAUCAAUGCUCUCUCUCAGAGGUAUUUUCUUCAAGCCAAUGACCAGAAAGAUCUGAAGGACUGGGUUGAAGCCCUGAACCAAGCCAGCAAGAUCACUGUACCCAAAGGUGGGAGCCUACCCCUGGCUACUGAAGUGAUCAAGAGCCCGGCAGUCCCUCCAGCCCUGGAGAAGAAGCCACAGGUGGCCUACAAGACCGAGAUCAUUGGAGGGGUGGUGGUACACACACCCAUUAACCAGAAUGGUGGGGAUGGGCAGGAAGGGAAUGAGCCAGGGUCCCACGCCAUCCUUCGAAGGUCUCAGAGUUACAUCCCCACGUCAGGCUGCCGUACUUCCACCGGGCCUCCCCUCAUUAAGAGUGGCUACUGUGUGAAGCAAGGGAAUGUGCGGAAGAGUUGGAAACGUCGCUUCUUUGCUCUCGAUGACUUUACCAUCUGCUACUUCAAGUGUGAACAGGACCGAGAGCCACUGCGCACCAUAUUUCUAAAGGAUGUUCUCAAGAUCCAUGAGUGUCUGGUCAAGUCUGGUGAUCUCUUAAUGAGAGACAACCUCUUUGAAAUAAUAACGAGCUCCAGGACCUUCUACAUACAGGCUGACAGUCCCGAAGACAUGCACAGCUGGAUUAAGGAGAUUGGGGCAGCUGUCCAGGCCCUCAGAUGCCACCCCAGAGAAAUGUCCUUUUCUAGAUCGAUUUCUUUGACUCGACCUGGAAGCUCCAACCUCUCAGGUGUGCCGAACUCUAUUGUGUACAGAGGGCGGCCACCUGUGGAAGAGAAAAAACCCCUCUGCAAAGCCCCUUCUGCGGCCUCCUCCUGGCAACCCUGGACACCUGUCCCCCAGGCCAGGGAAAAGCCGCUUCCAGCUGAAGAGACACCCGAGGACUCUUUGUUCACACCUCGACUUGGGGAGAGCAAAACUGCUGGAGUGUUGCUGAGCUCCCGGAUAAGGCAUAGAUCGGAGCCCCAGCACCCUAAGGAAAAACCAUUCAUGUUCAACCUUGAUGAUGAAAAUAUACGGACCUCUGAUGUGUGACAAGGCACAGGGCCAUGGGAGGGAGGGAGGAGUCAAGAGAAGGAGGCCAUGAACUGGUUUCUCUACCUUGUUGGGGGACACUCAGAGGCACUCAUAUUCCUGUGGAUUCUCUGUGGGAGGGGCCCAUCCUGCAGGCAUUUUUUUUUUUUUUUUAAAUAUCAAUGCAGAGUAUUUAAUUUGGGAAAAUCAGUAGGUUAGACCUGUAGAUAUGCUCAGUAGAGAGCAGGUUGCCUCUCACUGACUAAUUCCAAGGUCUUCCUGGUGAGGGGUUAUUUUAAUACCUCCUUUCCAGAGGAGGUUGGGAGUCCAAUUUCACCCCUAACCAGAUUUUAUUUCCUUGUCUUUGUUUUUGUUUCUUCAUUUGGUUUUCAGGCCAGGUCCCAGCUCUUAGGCCAGUCAUCUGGUUUUAUCCUAUUCCUGUUUAUUGGCCGAAGUUUGACUGUGAAAUAGGAGGGGGUGGUUACUGACCCCACUGAAACGAGGUGGUAGGGUCAGUGGGAGACUCAGCUUGACUGGGAUCCAUUCUGAGGGAGGUCUCAAAGCCUGAGGGGCAGGGCUAGAAGGUGCCCCUCAGAAUGUCUACUUGGGCAGACCCCCCCAGGGGACCUCAAAAGGGAAGAGAAAGGUACCUUUUGUCAGGUAUGGGGAAUAAUUCAACCCUAGUACAUCAUCAACAGUUUCAGAAAUUACUUUUGUUCACUUCUAGAUGCUCUUUUCUUUUCUAGAAGUCCAAAUACUGUAGAGUCCUCAUUGGGAUGUGAGUGACAGACCUACCCACCCAGUUUCUGUGUCAGGCCCCAAGGAUGGGUUUAUCAGUGUUAAGUGUUAUGGUUGUUGAGAACAUGGAUUGUGUGGAAGGCUGAUGAGUGUGUGAUCAGUCACAUGUGUGAUAAGUGAGAUCUCUUAGUUCAGAAUUUUACAUUAGCUCUAAAGCAGGUGCUGUGAAGAGAUGGAUUAUAGGUUGUCCAGUUAAGCUUUUUUGGUCCAUGUUUUCCAGGCAGGAGAAAAGAUCUAUUUUAGCAAAGAUUAUCUUGAAUCCUUGCCUCACAGCUCUUCUCUAUAUGGGCCAUUAUUAGUCUAAUUUUAAUUAGUCUGUAUUUUAUAUCCUGGUAGAUUGGCUUUCUUUUUAUUCUUUGUGUUGCCUUUUGAAUGAAAUCUUGUGCGCUUGCAUGAUCUAACCCUAUAAUCUCAUGUGGUUCCAUGUAUUUAACAGUUAAGAGAUACAAAGGUCAUCUUGAGAGAGAUUUAUUUUUUAAUAAAAUAGAAACUGAGUCUUGAAACAUUGACUUAGAGAUGAUGAGUUGCUGGCUAGCGAUUUGCCAGGUAGAAGAGCAUAGGAGAUUUGAGUUUCCCACCUAAAUUUUAGGAUAUGCCUUCUUCCAUUUGACGGGAAGAUACUAUUUUCUGUGUCCGUGGAAGAAUUUGUCCAUCCAGUUUAUGUGAGAAAUUGCAACCAGGAACUUACUGGGGUUCCCUAUAGGGAGAGAGACCUUAGCGCAUUUCUGUCUAUAAUUUUACCAGCUAGAUCAAUCAUAUUUUUAAAUUAGAAAUUAAUGACUAGAAGAAGAGACUAAAGGAAACACUUAUCUAUAUAAAUUCCCUCUUCUUGUGUCCACAUUUAGUAUAGAGGCUGAAAACACUUGGUCAGAAAAUUCUUAGUAGCUUGAGAGGAAUCUUCUUAUCCUUCUUUUAGGCUGUAUCAUAUUGAUGUCUAUGUCACGUUGAGAACUUUUCUUGAUACUACUGCAUUGGCACUAUCCUUAAUUUAAUGAUCCUGGUAUCAAAAAGGGAAAGCUACUGCUGAGUCAGUCAGUCUCUCUUCUACAGAUUCUAGUAUACUUUUUUUUUUUUUGUCAGAAAUGCUUAGUUUGUGAAUUAUUUAAUUAUGUGUGAUUGAGAUUACAAUAAACUUUGAGUAGCCUGAUUUCAAGAAGCCAUUCCAUAUUCUUAAAGCCCCUUGCCUCUGGUUUUACCUUCAAAUUUUCUUCAAGAAAAACCUUUGGGCUUGGCAAAGAAUUACACGGUAUGUGAUGUUGAACUAGUGAAAAUAAAUUAGGAACUUUUGCUAUCUCUCCAAACAUUCAUUGAUUUAUGGCAGUGUCAUCUUUUGGGAUUUAAGCUAUGAAAAAUCUUUUUUAAUAUACUCUCUGCUAGAUUACUGCUAAAUUAAUUGGCUAUUUAUAGUAAGCUGAUGUUUCAUAUUCAGUAAAGUCUAUUUUGCAACUGUGUGAAAUUAAGCAGACUUAUAAAUCCAGAUUGUAUUAUCUUGAUAGAGGGGAAACAAGGACUCUAACUGGCAAAUACUUGGGAAUUUCAAAUGGCAGCAUUGUUAAUGUAAUUACAACAUCAAACAUAAUUAUCUUCAGUGAAGCCGUCUAAAAGCGUUCACGUUCCCAAACCUGAUUUCAGAAUUCCUUUUUUUGCCCAUGUUUUUCACCUUCUGGCUAGUUUCACACCGCACCUGUUAAUGUCAGUACACAUUAGCCAGAGAUGCUGCCUAUACAAUCAAAGCACUUGGUUUUAAAUGGAACCAAAUGGGAAAAAUAGAGUGGGUAUGCAGUACAGGUUAGCAAUUAAAUGCAUGGGCUCUGGAGUAAAUCUGAGUUAACAAUAAAAAGGAGUCAGAAAAAGUACUGCAGUUUCUUCAUGGAGUAAAAACCUUCACUGAGCUGGGCUGUUUCCAUAAGGCUUUUGAGCUGGUUCUUGACCCAUCACGUAUAAUAGUAUUUCAGGUGGUCUUCUCUAUAGUUGAACUAUUUACCAGCCACCACUCUUGAAAGCGUUGAAGGACUUGCUUACUCAAAGUCAGUUGAUGGUUGGUAAACAUAGUUGGCUCUUUGCAUUCUGGAAACCCUGGUGGCGUAGUGGUUAAGUACUACGCUGCUAACCAAUAGGUUGGCGGUUGAAAUCCACCAGAUGCUCUUUGGAAACCCUAUGGGGCAGUUCUACUCUGACCUGUAGGGUCACUAUGAGUCAGAAUCGACUGGAUGGCAGUGGGUUUGGUUUUGGUUUUUUUUUCUUUGCAUUCUGUGAGAUGUCACAAGAGUUCUGUUAAGCAGUACAUUGUGUAGAGAGCUCUCAGGUCAAAAUCCUGGAUUUGCACACCUAUUUCUGAGUAGAAUGAUGAGCUCUGGUGAGAAAGAGUAGAUUUAAGGUUCAGUGUCUCUGCGCACUUGAAACAAAGGGGUUUUUCCUUCCACACUCUGAUACGGGGUAAAAUGACCCAGUGAAUAAAUAGCAGAUUAAGUCUUUGAGCAGUGGGAUUUGAUAACGUUUGUUCUCACAGUUAAUCAGAUAACAAACAGGCACAUGGAGGUAACAGCACUUUAAAAAUUGAGUUUCCCAAAUCAACUCCGUUUAUAAACUUUGAACGUGUCAGAAAUGGACCGGCUUAUUAAACAUUUGCUACCGGCAUCACUUUUUUUUUUUCCCUAUUCAGUUUUUCUCUCUUGUCUGCGUUACUGCCUGCAGCAGUCAACUACAGUCUCCCGCUAGAGUUUGAAUAAAGCUUAUGUCCGGCAAAAACAUACCGUUUGAACCCCUCUCCCGCUGCUUGUGAUGGUGUGGCAUGAUUCUGUGUUUUGAACCAGUCCGCUUCAGCUGUGAAAUGCACUCGCCCUAAGCACUGAGCUGAGUGCAUGGAAACUGUUAUGCUUCUCAUUUUAUGUGAUCUCCUAAUUGGUGUGUAGCAAAAAAUAAUUUUCUAAAACUGUUUUGUUGCUUGUUUUGUAAUAAAACCAUGUGAAAUACUGAAAUAUA